GUUUUGUUUAAAAUUGGGCUUCGGGUUGUGUAAGCCCAUAAUAUAUAAGAGCGGCUAGGGGACUAGUCGCCAGGACGGUCGAUUCAUUUAUCCACCUCCCUUGAUUCGCCGAUGUCUAUUAAGAGGACUAGUCGCCAGGACGGUCGAUUCAUCAGGUCAAAAACAAUAGCCUUCUGGGACAUCAAUGCUUGUCAGAUGGCUGUUGGCCUCGAUUCAAGAGAUAUAAGUGCGAGCGUUAACCAGACCCUUAUGAACAUGAAUUACUAUGGUAAAUUGUGUUUGAGGCUAUAUGGCGACACUGAUGUGGACAAAAUCGGUCAUACUGAUGAUACACUUCGGUUCUGUGGCAUGCCUCGCACGACAAUAUUGGAGCAGAUAUUAGUGGACUUAUACGGUGUCUCUCUGUUUAAUCGUGGUACACCAUUUAAUAUGUUGCUAAUUGUUGGAGAUUUAUCAAAAGACAAAGCCAUCCUCGAUGCUUUCAGUCUUUUGCCAAAGAGAGGUUGGGUCAAUGUUCUUGUAUGUCAGCCAUCAGCUGUUGAGGAAGCAGAAUUCUCCUCUGAAGUUAAGCUUCCACCUUGGGGUAAAAUUGUAGACACUGCUUUUGCGAUUUGUGAAAAGAAGCAGAAAGAGAGAGAAGAUUUCAGAAAGAGAGCAGAAGAAAUACGAGCUUCUUAUCUAAAUGGAACAGCCGAAGUUAGCCGUAUCUUUGGUGAAUUCUGAAGAAAAAAUCAAACAAGCUUUCUCUCACUAUAUUGCUUCGUUUUUCUCUUGUGUCUUUCCUUUGAUUUUCUGUUGCUAAAACCAUGGACUUUAACUUAAAGCAAUAAAAAAACAAAAACUAUGGAUUUGGUUAUGUUAUUUUUUUCAUUCUC